AUGAAUUAUUGUCGAUUGGUUGCUGGUUUGCCUUUUAUUGCAAAGAAGAAUCUUGGUAUUCAAGAUAAAGCAGCACAACCAGUAAAAUUUUCACGCCAGCCAAUUCGUCCGACUCAACCAGUUCGUGAAAAUAGUGCACAGGAUGAUAUUGUCAUAUUUAACAAAAAUAUAAGGAAACAACAAAAAGCGGAAAGAAGGACAUCAUUACCAAUUAAUAUUCAAACUUCGGGUGAUUCAAACGCUUUUGAAAUUGUGUUUGAUGAAUCUCAAGAUAUUGCACCAGAAAAAACCGCAAGUCCAACUACAAGUACAGGUUUUUUGAUAAAAAAACCACUCAAAUUAACUUCCUUACAACGACCAAAAUCUCAACCUAUAAUCCCAACCACAAAAUUAGCCCAUAAUACACCAAAACCUGUAAGAUCACAAACCACCCCAUCUAUCCUAAAUAAAAGUCAAUUAUCAUCAUCAUCUACUGCUGGUAUUACUGGUGAGGAAGUAAAAGAGAUUACAGCGCAGAAAAUAUAG